AAGCGCGCGGCCGCGAGUGCCGACGCCAUUUUGGACUCGGUGUCUGGCCCGCGGCGCAGGGAUCCUACACUGUGGCUGCGGCUCGCUGAAGGCGUCUCUCGCGCGGCGACGAGAGAACCUAGGAGAAGGACGCGGACGGCGCCGGACUGAGAAGGGAGGCUUCCUCCUGGGCAGCGAGAGCCGCAAAGGCGGAGCCGCGUUGGCGCCCGCCCCGGAACCUGCGCCUCGGAUGCCUGUGGAGCGCGGUGCGCCGGAGCGGCGGGAGUGCAAGGCGUGGGGCCUCAUGUGAGAGCCGUGAGCCAAGCCGCCUCCGGAGCCCGGGGUGGAGUGUGGGGGAAGCCGCCCCCGGCAGCAGCAGUGUAAGUCCCUCACCAGAUGCUUUUAGUGGCCUAAGUUGCAUCGAUUAUUUGGGGCCUGGAAAAGUUACAGUUUGAACUGAACUGCUGGAGGCAUGAAGAGGCCCAGUUCGGUUGCUCCACAAAAUCUAAGAGAUGUUGAUCAUCCAGCUUCUCCUCUGCACUCCUGUUCAAGUGAGAGGAUGAAACGAGGAGGAGGAAGAGAUAGUGACCAUAAUUCAUCAGAAGAAGGUACUGCAGAGAAAUCCAAGAAACUGAGGACUACAAAUGAGCAUUCUCAGACUUGUGAUUGGGGUAAUCUCCUUCAGGACAUUAUUCUCCAAGUGUUUAAGUAUUUGCCUCUUCUUGACCGGGCUCAUGCUUCACAAGUUUGCCGCAACUGGAACCAGGUAUUUCACAUGCCUGACUUGUGGAGAUGUUUUGAAUUUGAACUGAAUCAGCCAGCUACAUCUUAUUUGAAAGCAACACAUCCAGAGCUGAUCAAACAGAUUAUUAAAAGACAUUCAAACCAUCUACAAUAUGUCAGCUUCAAGGUGGACAGCAGCAAAGAAUCAGCUGAAGCAGCUUGUGAUAUAUUAUCACAGCUUGUGAAUUGCUCUUUAAAAACACUUGGACUUAUUUCAACUGCUCGGCCAAGCUUUAUGGAUUUACCAAAGUCUCACUUUAUCUCUGCACUGACGGUUGUGUUUGUAAAUUCCAAAUCCUUGUCCUCCCUUAAGAUAGAUGACACCCCAGUAGAUGAUCCAUCCCUCAAAGUACUAGUGGCCAACAAUAGUGAUACACUCAAGUUGCUAAAAAUGAGCAGCUGUCCUCACGUCUCUCCAGCAGGUGUCCUUUGUGUGGCAGAUCGGUGUCAUGGCUUACGUGAACUGGCCCUGAAUUACCACUUGCUAAGCGAUGAGUUGCUGCUUGCUCUAUCUUCUGAAAAACACGUUCGAUUAGAACAUUUGCGCAUUGACGUGGUCAGUGAGAAUCCUGGACAGACACACUUCCAUGCUAUUCAGAAGAGCAGCUGGGAUGCUUUCAUCAGACAUUCACCCAAAGUGAACUUAGUCAUGUAUUUUUUUUUAUAUGAAGAGGAAUUUGAUCCGUUCUUUCGGUAUGAAAUACCUGCCACCCAUCUUUACUUUGGGAGAUCAGUAAGCAAAGAUGUGCUUGGCCGUGUGGGAAUGACAUGUCCUAGACUAGUUGAGCUAGUAGUGUGUGCUAAUGGAUUACGGCCACUUGAUGAAGAGUUGAUUCGCAUUGCAGAACGUUGCAAAAAUCUGUCGGCUAUUGGACUAGGGGAAUGCGAAGUCUCAUGCAGUGCCUUUGUUGAGUUUGUGAAGAUGUGUGGUGGCCGCCUGUCUCAAUUAUCCAUUAUGGAAGAAGUGUUAAUUCCUGACCAAAAGUAUAGUUUGGAGCAGAUUCACUGGGAAGUGUCUAAGCAUCUUGGUAGAGUGUGGUUUCCAGACAUGAUGCCCACUUGGUAAAGACCAGAUGACAUAAGGCAUGAUGAAUAAUAAUAGCACCUUAAUUUUAAGCAUAUUGUAUUAUAAUAAAAGUUUAUCUCCUGUAGGUCUGAUACAAUUCUACUCUUUUGUGGCACAGAAAUUUGAUAUCUUCAUUGAGUAUAUAAAGAUUGUUUUUUGGAAGACUCAUGGACCAGUUUUGGUCAGAAAACUUCAUCUAUUUCUUUAGCCUAAUAGCAGUUAAAUCUCAAAAAAUUUAAAAAGUGAUUCAGAUCUGAAAGUAAUAACCAGUAAUAAAGAUUAAACAUUUUACAAUCUGAAGGAAACAAAACAUAUAUAUUGUAAUAUCUAAUAAGUGAGUACUAAUAGGUUUUCCAAAAUGUUAUGUUCUCUAUGCAUUUUUUUAAAAUGUAAACUUGACAUUUUAGGGUCUUCAGUUAUAUAUACACCUGUUAUAAGGUGUUUAAUAUAGCUCAGGAAAGUGAGCAUUUUGUGAGAAAAAUGUAGGAUAUAUUGUAUCUAAUGAAAACGUCUGGUUGAAUGUUCUAAAAUGUUACAAAGCUGUUUAAAGAAGUAUAUACAGCUAAUUGGAAUGCUUAAAAAAACUGAUAAAUGUCACACACUGGUUAUUGUAGAAAGAUAAUAGAGCCAAGAUCAAAUUAAAAGAAAAUGAGUGGAAUAAAAGGGAGGCAGUGUUUAGUUUUGUAUAAACUUUUAGGAUUGCUCUAUAAUCUGCUAAACUAUAUAAAUUCUUUUCUGUGAUACAUUACUAUGUAUGUGGCACUUGGGGCAUCAUAUGUAAAGUAAGGAAUGCUUUUACUAGUUCUUCUUGGGUUUAUCUUUGUUUAAACUAGUUUUGAAGUAUUACACAAUAAUUGAAAUGCGAAGUUUAUCUAUUUUACAAAGCCAAAUUGAAAUAAUUAAAGGUAGAACUUUAAAAUGUUUAUAAAUUGUUUCCAUGAAAGAAUAUUAGUCUCCAGUGAAUUUUAGUGAUGGCUUAUUUUUACAUUUUGGAAUUAUAUAGUUAUGUAAGUAGAAUUU